AAGCUGUCGUACCGAGACUGAUGCUGUGUUGAUUUGUCAAUUUUACGUGUUUGUUUGGAUGAGAAGAGGAAGAUGACCGAUAAUCCUUCCGUUAUCAUGAAGUUGAUAUCCCGUCACAAAAUUCUCUUUGGCUCGCUUCUUGUAGUUUGGAUUGUCGGAAUGAUAUGCACCGUAACAUUAAUGGGAAGAAAUGGUCAUACUAAAAUUCGAUUAAGAAGAACGUCUCAUACUAUGCUUCUUCAUCAUCGUCAUAAUGAUUUACCACCGCCAAACAGUUACAAGAUGGUAAAAGCUUUAAAAUAUUGCAAUCCUCCUGAAGACAUAUCUUUGGGUCAUGAAGGUAAAAUGCCAGGAAAUUAUUCUUUAGAAUUGGUGGUGGUUCUCAUACGUCAUGGAGACAGAGCACCAUUAAGGCAAAUACGUAAUCAGUCAUAUAUUAACUGUGGCGUAAGUAAAGAAUUAAACCAUUCUCUUCUGAACAAGUAUAUAUCAUAUGUUAAAUCAGUUCAGAGAUUACCAAAGGAAGAUCCUUUUUCGGCUUUUAAUCUCUUUCCUCACCCAAAACUGUGCAAUCCAUCUCAGCUAACUUUAUUAGGGGCAACGCAACAUUUAUGGCUUGGAAACAUUCUAAGUCAAGUUUAUAAUACAUACUGGAAGUUACUGACUAAAGAUUUUACUUACAAUAACAUAAAAGUUUAUAGCACUGUAUAUGCUAGAACAUUUCAAAGUGCUGUUGCUUUUCUGUUUGGGUUUUUGCCGAAAUUUGAUUUUUCUGAAAUCAAAAUAAUACCAUCUUUUGAUACAAGAUUUUGUUUAAAAGAACUAUUUUGUAAAUGUCCUGUCUUGGAUUUUCAGCGUAGAAUAAUUGAAAAGAAGCAGAGGAAACUGAUUAAUUCUCAUCCUGCUGUACUUCAUUUACUUCAACAGUUAAAUCCUAUUGUCAAAUCUAAUCUUAAUCAACAAGAUAUUACAUCUGCAACUGCAAUGUUUGACAGUCUGAUGGGAUAUAUAUGUCAUAAUUCGCAACUUCCUUGCAUUCCAAACACUCAUAUCUGCGUAACAAUUGAUCAUGUUCGGAAUUUAAUGGCAUUUCUUGACUGGGAGAGGAAACAACUUGCUGGAGAUGGAAUUCACAAGAGGAAUUCGUUAUUGAAAAUGCAUGGUUUUCUUUAUAAUGUACACCAAAACAUGCAAAAUUUAAUUAACGAGAAGCCAAAUGCAGCUCGGUUUAUAUUAUAUUCUGGCCACGACAUUACUCUGUCACCAGUUGCAUCUUGUUUAGGAUUUAAUGACGGCGUAAUUCCAUCCUAUGCAUCAAGAAUUAUUUUUGAAUUAUAUAGUUCGACCAUCUCAAAUUUAAAAUCUUAUAAUUUGAGAAUCUUAUAUAAUGGCAAAGAUGUUACAAAGCAUCUUCCCUUUUGCAAAUCGCAUUUUAAAGCAAAGAAAUCAAAAUCCAAACAGGAUCAUUUGUGUUCGUUUGACAGAUUUACCAAGUUCAUUCACAGUGAUUUUUUUAAAGUAAUGAAUACGUCGUCUUACGAAGUUGCUUGUGACUUUCCAUUAACGACGACACAAUAUUCAAAUGAGAAAAGCACAUCCAGUGGUGUAUAGUUUUAUAAAUUAUUUCAAAGAAUUAAUAAUAAUUAAUUGAAUAGACUUUGAUUUGUACAGUAAUUUUUAUGUAAAUAUACAAGCAAGUUUUAGAAAAUUAGUGUACAAAUAUUGCUGAGCUUCAGAUUGAGAUAAAAAUAAAUAUAUACAGUAAAUAAUCAUAAUAAUAAUAUGUGAAGUGAAACAGAAUGCAGGAAAAUUAAAAUUUAUCUAAGAGAUUGAAUAGUGAAAAUGUCAAAAUAUAAGUUGGACCUUUUAAGGGAGAUUGAGAUAAAUUGAAGGCCAGAGAGAAAUGUUGAGAUUGUCACAUGCUAAUUGUUAAACUGAUAAGUAGGAAUGUGGAUUUGGAUUAACAUCAACAUUUCCUUUAAAUUCUAUAUGCAAAGUCAAAAUGCGAUAAAAUAUAUGUUUCGUUUUAUUUUAAAAGUCUAAUUGAUACGAACAAAUGAUUCCACUAAACAUCAUAUCCAAUAUUGGCAUUUAAAUGCCAAAGAAAAUCUCAGAUUCAUCUGGUUCCAAAAAUCAACAAAAAAUCUACGAACAUAAUCAUUUAAACAUUGAAAUUACCUAAAUUUAUUAGGCUAGAAUGUUUUUAAUAUGAAAUAUUUUGUUUUUACAGAUUUGUUGAAGUUUUUGGAGAUUAUUAGUUUAUUUCUGUAACUAUUUCUAUAGUUACAUUAGUUUAAAGUAGAAUGAAUACAGAUAAACACUAAUUUACAUUAUUGGAAUAUUUUUUUUGCAAUUCUUCAUAAAUUCUCAUCCUCUCCAAUACAUAUUAGUGAUACUGCUAAUGGUCAAAUUUACAAGUUUUUGGCUAAUAAUUUAACUAACGGCAAUAUUUUGCACAACUUCCAAAAUGCUUGAUACGUACUGCAGUUGGUGGUUCAAAUUAAUCUACCCCAGACAAAGCCUAUAAUAAAUUUGACAGUAAAUGAAUGGUCUGGAAGUUAACGAAUCAUCAAAUGGAAAAGCUCUCUACCAAGCCAACUGUAAUUGUGAUCAUAGGCGGCAAAUAUAUCAGCAUAAUCUCGGAUGCUUUCUUCAUAUUGGUUGAUGUAUAAACGUGUAUAUAAUGUUAUGUUGUGAUUUAGAAAUAGCAUAUUCCAAAUUUCAUAUCAUGUAAAUUAUUGCUUUGUUUUGUCGAUUUUACAUUGAAUGCCGUUCGUAAAAUGUAAUGAUUUUACACGUGAAUUAUGAAAUAUCAGACUUCAAAUUAACAACAUUCUUAAACAUUUACAAGAGAGUUGUGAAGCUAGUCAUAAAAUGUCUUAUAAAUAGAAAAUAGUAAAGAAUGACAAUUUAGUAACAAUUUGAAUCUCAAAGUUUAGAUCUUACAAAGCAAAUAUCUCACAAAAGACUGCAAAGGAGAUAAUUAUGAUGAAAUGUUAUUGUACCUAGAGGUGAUAUAUUUCUUAAAGAGUAUUAUUUGUUCCUGUGAUGUCAAUUAACUUUAGUCACUUAACCACUUCACUCUGCACAAUUAAAGUUCCUAUUGUGGUAAUACCAGAAAUUGCAAGAAUUUAAGGAUUUUGAUUCUUUGUACUGAUUACUUACUUAUAUGAUUAUUUCUAAAACUGAUCACUAAUUUAGUUUAAUUUUCUACUACUAAAAGUUUUUAAUUAAUAAAAUAUCUUUAGAAAAUGUCUUCCAUAAGUUAAUAUUGUUAACAUUCUAAUUGCUUUUUAGCAUUUAGAAACAAGAGUGAAGGGGUUAACGACAACAUUUUAAAUGAGAAUUUUUAUUCUGUGAUAUACUUAGAUUUUAUUUACAUCUGUACAGAUCUUCCUUAAUAUAAUUGUCAUAAAAUUGUCAUACAAAAGGUUUUAAUAGAUGUCGGAGACUUAAUCUGUGAUUGUCGUCAGAAUUUAUUAAAACGGAGGUGGAACCAGGGCAACGGGACAUAGAAAAGACACACAGUCUACUGUUGGGAGAAUAAUUCUCAAUUCUGGUCUCGGUUCUGGUUCUGUUACGUUAAAAAUUAUUAAAUAAGAAUGCAUUGAGAAAAAUGUUGUUCCGAGGUACUCGUCUCUUCAGUUUACUGUAUUGUCUAUUAUUAUAGUUAUAUGAAUAAAAGAUGAAUUUCUUAUUUGUUUUUGUCAAUAAAAUUCUGAAAGCUAAAGAAAAUUUGAAGUAUUGUUGAAUGCCAUUUGAAAAUCAAAUUAUACUCUUGCAUUUAAAUCUGAUUGUAUUUAAGAAUUUGAUUUUUAACACUAGAGUUGCAAAAGGGGUCGAUUUGACCUCGACCAUACAUUGCUUUUGUGCUGAUUUGCGUAUAAAAUUUCAAGCUAAAAUACAGUGAUAUACAUUAUAUAUACGUUUUGUCAGCUUUUUGUUGAAUGACGUGACACUCAAAACUCUCUGCCAGAGGAAAUUGCUAAUGAAAGAUAACAUUACUGAUUUUCAGGUGUUGAGAAAACACUUACCUUUCAAGUCAAGAGGCUUACUUGAGUUAAAGAGUGUUGCAAUUGAUAUCUUCAAAAUUUAUCCAAAAAUGAAUGAUCCUAAUUAUUGAGAAAAUGCUGGAAAUGGGACUUCAUCCGGACUUUUUGCUACUGUUGUUGGCACAAGUACUAAUAAGAGUACUGGAUGAUCUAGGUGGAGGAGGACAAAAAUGCAGAAGACAAAGGCAUGUUGGUUAUGUGUACUUGCAACAAUGUCAGUUGCUCAUUGCCUAAGCAUGUUUUGUUGGACAAGAGAAGACAGUCCUGAAUUGAACUAAGUGGAAAGUCAUUGAAGCUGAAACAAGUGUUUCAGGUACCGUACAUUGCUUUUGUCUAUCUGCUGUAGGGAAUUUAUAAGAAAUGUUUCAUGUUUCACUACAUAACUAUACUAGGAGUGCCUGUACAUUGGGGCAUGUGCCCCCCUUUGUUGUCAGGUUGCCCUGGAUAUUGUGAUUCCUUGGAAACAUAUUGCAAGAAAGAAAUUGUUACUAGGGUGAAAAGGAAAGAAUUGAUUCUGUUUAGAUUUUUUUGCAAAGAAAAGUAGAAAUCACAAACACAAGUUUAAUAAAUUAUUAUAUAUAUAUAUAAUUUCAAUUACUACUAUAGUAUAUAUACAAAUUGAAUAACUAAACAGAAAUUGUAGCAAGACCAAUUUUCCCACUAUCACUGAGAAAAAGCUUAGAAAUAGGAAAGCAAUUUAAAGUCUAUAUAAUAGCCUAACUUGUAAUUCAUUAAAUGCUUUUGAAAAUAGUCUUUUGCAAGUACAGAGAUUGCCAUUAUGAGUAAAUAUUUUUACACUUGCUUGUACAAUCCAGGAAAAACCAUCUCAAACCAUAGUUCCUAUGGAUUUGAAGACAAUGCUGCCAUUGGAUUGAUCAAGUGUACUCUCAAUUUAUCACAGCUGCUACUAUUUUUUUUUUAAUUUCUGUCUUGAGAUAGUUCUUGUGGAAGCUCCAAAACUCUAGUCCCCCUGGAAGGAGACUCUUUUGUCUUGAGUGAUGUGAGUAGCAAUGUGUGUUGGGAGUAUCACGUGGUACCAACCUAUUCAAUGAGACCAUUCAUUGAACUAGUUGGUACCAUGCAACACUGCCAAUGAUUCAAGACUAUAAACUAUAGUCUAUGAAUGAAGUGUCAGUCUACAUGGUUCUUAGUCUUUGUAAGUUUUUGGAUCUAGAAUCCAAGUCUGGCAAGAGCAAUAGGAAGACAGAGUUCAAUAAUAUAAAUUAAGCAAUUUAAUAUUUAGAAAAGAAUAUCUAAGACAGACAACGACAAUAUUUGCAAAACAGGCAAGAUCAAUUUGUUUCAUACAACAAUUUAUCAUUGGAAUAAUUUAGAAAUGGUCAUGUUUCAUAUGUUUUCUGGUCAUACGCCGGAACUUUAAAAGGUCAUUUCUUUAAUUUUUACUAUCUCUUAUGUAUUUAAUAUUUUAAGCACUUUGGUCAUUCAACAUAAACUAUUGUUAAUAUAAUUGAGUACAGUCUAAACCUGUUAUAAAUAUAUAGCUUGAAUCUUAACAAAUACUCAAAUCAAAGGCUUUGAUUCUAAUAAAAUAUUUGUAUACCAGUAAAAGUACGAGGGUAGGCUGAAAAGUAAUGCACACAUGCUUGUAGAGCACGGACAAAAUGAUUUUCAGAAGCGUGCCAGGUGGCAUAUGGAAAUAACAUUCCCCCCUCUAUGCGCAUGCACUAGUGUUAUGUCAAUGCAAGUUAAAAAUUCGAUAACAGCAUGCUGUUUAACUCCUACUGAGAUUCGUUGUUGUUUAAAGGCUGUUUAUGGUGACGAUGCUGUUGAUAGGUAUACUGUAAAUCGAUGAAUAACAAAAUUUCGUGGUUGCAAGCCUGGAAAAGCCAUAAUUGUUGAUGAAACAUGCGGCGGAUGUCCGAUCACUGCCACAGACAAUUACCAUUGCCCCUCGUUGCAAUGUUUAAUUCUUCUCAGUACAUACAGACUCUAAAACACCUCCGACGUUGAGUUUUUCAUGCUAGAGGCAGCUUGGUGCCAAUAAUCUUGCAACACGACAACGCUCAUCCGCACACCUCAUGCGCAACUGGAAAGGCUCUGCGAAACCUGAAGUUUGAACCGAUCCACACCCUCCUUAUUCCCCCGAUCUUGCACCUUGCAAUUUUUAUUUUUUUCCUCUACUCGAGAGACCUCAAGGUUGAUCAUUACACCUCAGACAAUGAGGUGAAGGCAGCUGUCAAGUCCUGGAUUCAAGAAAAGUCGGAAGAAUUUUUCAGUGACAGAAUGAAAAAAUUUGUUACACAUUGGGAGAAAUGUGUUAGCCUUAACAGUGACUAUGUUGAAAAAUAAAUAUAUGAUUUUGAAGCUUAAGAAUUGUACUUUAAUGUACUUUUUGCUCGAUCUUGCUAUUUGUUUUUGUCCGUGUUCUACAAGCAUGUGUGCAUUACUUUUCAGCCUACCUAUGUAUCAAUUCCAGAAUCAAGUACAUGGAAUCGCAACAUGAAUGCUAUAAUUAAAUCACAUCUAUUAGAAUGAACACAAUCUCAUAUUAGCAAUAAUGUGAGAUUGUAUCCUUUGUUUUAAAUCUUAUUUUAAAUUUAUCUCUUCAUAUUUUGUUUGAACAACAUCAAGUUGAAAUGUCUUCAGGUAAAAAGCAUAUCAGGCAUAGCUUUAUUUAUGUGUUUUGAAAAGGAUAUACAGUAACACCUUACAAACAAUAAAAACAAUUGUGUGGUAAAGAUGCUACUAAACUUUGAACAUUACAAAAAUACUGUUAAAGAAAUUUUGGACUAAAGGAUACAAAACAUGCAGGGCACUCAAAGCUGUCGACAAAGAAAAAUUACAGGAAGGCAUGUUGUUCAUCAAUUUUUAACAACAUACUAUAUAUAACCAAACACUCCAAAAAUAAAGUGAUAAAAACACAAAAAACAUAUGAGAGUAAUGCAAGAACAAGAGAUGACUUGGACAACAUGUUGCAUUCAUGCUUUGAGUGUAUUUUUCACUGUGUGCAGUUCGAACUUUGAGGUUCCAUUGUAUAAACAUUUGGAUUGUGGAACCAUUUACAAAUAUAUUUAUUUGCCCAUGUGAGCAAAGUUUGAGAAAAGCUGGAUUAAGGUAUUCCCAUACAUGAUUUUAAAUUAAUAAAUAAACUGGCAAGACCAAAAAGAAAGACAAAGAAAUCAGAACAUUCUAAAAGCUUCAAAGUAUAAAUUAAUAUAUAUCAUCAGGUAUCCUUCAUAUAAUGCAAUAGUUACGGUCCAAAAAGUGCUGUGUUGUGAAUCCAUGCUAUGCAAAACACAUUCCAAAAGUUAGCAAAAGCAUACAAUUCUUUUUUGUUACUAAGAGAAAUAUGUUUAUUAAAGCAAUUGAUUGUUAAUUUAUUUCCAAUCAAUAUUUAAUUAUCACAAUUACUGGAUUUCAUGUUAAUUUUAGUUAAAUGAGGACAUUUUACUUUCCUUGCUGUUAUGUAUUGGAAUUGCCAAAUUUCACCCUCUGAGUAUUUUGCAAAUCUCCACAUUUUGAGAUCCCUGAACUCAAAAAAAUUCCAUGGAUGCAUGUUGGCAUAUAUUUUACUUAAUAUGUCAGGACGGUGAAGAUAAACAGAAUUUUGCACAGUAACUUGUAAAUAAGGGACAUUGAUGCUAUUAAAUUUUGGCCAACACAUUUGAGGCCAAUCCUACAGCAUUUGUUAUUCUCUUCAAUAUCUGCUCGAACACUGGCCUUUUUCCUACUCAGUGG